CAGCUUGACCUGGUUCAUUAUGUUUUUGGGUUCCAACCAACCAAAAUCUCGCAUUGCAGAGGCAAAUCGACACAUAUCAGAACUUUGCAAAAGGGUAUCCGAACUUGAAGAACAGUUGACGCAUAAAGAAGCCGAAUUGAAAGAAAAGGAGGAGAAUUUCGCAAUCGCUAUGCAGGAAAUUGGUGAGAAGCGUCGUCUGGAGCUGAAGGAGCUUAAUGCUUUAAUUUAUCAACAAAAUCUGAAAUUGCAACAUUAUGAAAAGGAUAUGUCCGCUCGAGAUUCGGAAUUAACUGUUCUACGAAAGCGCUGCCGCAUGUUCGAUGAAGUACUUCGAUACAAAGCCACCCUCGGAAAGCUAACGAUCACGUUGGAGCAGGCCGAGCAGUACGCCUCUUUGACCAGCAAUGCACGGGGCUAUGCUCGAGGUUACCAAGCUGACCCCGAAUGCGUGCAUACCGAUCCGGCUCCCCUUAUGAUCCGAGACGUCCCGACCAACAGCAUGUGGGACGUCACGGAGUUGAAUGGCGUCGCACCUCCGAUCAACGGUGUGAGCGAGCCAAACUUACUUGCAUUGUCGACAAAUCAACUGCUGCCGUCUGGAAAAGGCUAAUUCCAUAUCUGGAUCCCCCCCCCCGCACCAUUCCAUUCUGAUGUUGAGGUUCUUCCAAGCAACCGCACCAAUAUGCCUGUGUGUAUAUGGCUACCUGCGCACACAAAGGUUUCAGCGCCUUCUGUCAAUCGUAAGCAUACGCUCAACACAGCCCCACUUCCUGUGCCGCCUGCCUGCCUGCAUUCAACGAGCCUCAUGUAUAUGGCCUUAUACUUCCCUCCGCUGUGAUGUUUUAUAAUACCUUUGUUCAUACUUUUAUGGCUCAUUAUUGUCUCCUAGUGAUCAUUUUUGCGUUAUUUCAGAGUACAUGAUGGCUCUUUCAUUCUCUUUAUCACCAUAUUUUCCGGAACUCUUUCUUAGGAUAAGCUUAUCGAAUCAACCAUGCUCCCUGUGUUGAUAAACUUUUUUUCUCGACGAUACGAGACACGCCUAUCUCGACAUGAUCGAGUAUGUGCACAGAACGUUGAUCACAGGUAAACCUGGAAAAUCACAUCUCAAGUCAGCUACGGG